AUGGCCUGCCCUCCACGAGAUGCUUUUCAGAUUGGCUGGAUCUGCGCCCUCCCGAUCGAAGCCGCUGCUGCCGCUGAAAUUCUGGACGAGAAUUUUGGGAUUCUCGAGGAGCAAGAUCCAGCGGACACAAAUACCUACACGUUGGGCCGAAUUGGCAAACACCAUGUUGUGAUCGCCUGCCUUUCCGGAGGCCAAUACGGAACUACCUCAGCCACUACUAUCGUGACUAAUAUGAUUCACACAUUCUCCAAGUCACUUCGGAUUGGAUUGAUGGUCGGUAUUGGGAGCGGAAUUCCCUCGGUUGCUCAUGACAUUCGCCUCGGCGAUGUCGUGAUCAGCCACCCCCAGGGCACUUAUGGUGGGGUGAUCCAAUAUGAUAUGGGAAAAGUUGUUACAGGUGGUGAUUUUGAACGAACCGGCUCGUUGAAUAGUCCUCCGAGGGCACUAUUGACUGCACUUAGCGCGAUGAGAGCUGCCGCGCUAAUCAAUGAACCCCGCUACCUGGAAUAUCUCCAAAGUGCGAUUGGAAGUACCGCACAAACUCGGAAAAGUUUCGGCCGACCUGCUACACAGUGCGAUCGACUAUUUCAGGCAAAGCACGAUCAUCCUGUGAAUGCGAAUAGCUGCAAUGGAUGUCUAGUGGAAUGGGAAGAGAUAAGAAGUGAACGCGAGGAUAGAAAUCCCCAACCUCACUAUGGUAUCAUUGCGUCCGGAAAUUCUAUUAUCAAACAUGGGGAGACUAGGGAGCAGCUGAGGUCGAAGACAGGAGCAUUGUGCUUUGAGACGGAGGCAGCUGGGUUGAUGAAUGACUUUCCUUGUCUCGUUAUCCGUGGAAUUUGUGAUUACGCUGAUUCGCAUAAAAACAAGCAGUGGCAAGGGUAUGCAGCCAUGAUAGCGGCAUCAUAUGCUAAAGAGCUACUAGGAUAUAUCCGUGCAAGCCAUGUUUCACAAGAAAGCUUGGCGGUGGAUACAUGCAACGAAUCAAGGGACGAAAUCAGGGGCACGAACCAACGCCUAGACCGAGCAUACAAUCAACACGAACAACAUCAUCAUGAGCGGGUCACCGGAGCUUUCACAGAUCAGCAACAACAUUGUUACGCAGCUCUCAAAAUUUGUAAUUAUGCAGAGCAAAAGAACAUCAAUCCAAGACGAGCAGAAGGAACAUGUCAAUGGGUGCUACAGAACUCCGAAUACCUUCGUUGGUGGGAGAGCAGCAGUAACGAUCUCCUCUGGAUAUCAGCCGACCCGGGAUGCGGAAAGUCUGUACUAGCAAGAUCUAUUAUCGAUGACUACUUGCAAGCUUCUAGUCCAGAAGUGGUGAUAUGUUACUUUUUUUUCAAGGACAAUGACGAACAGGAUCAUCUUGAUACAGCGCUAUGCUCAGUACUCCAUCAGCUCUUUACCCAGCGGCCGUAUCUAUUGGACCAUGCGAUACCGUCUUGGGUAAAGAAUGGGGACAAGCUCCGACACAAGACUGAGGAGCUUUGGCGUAUCUUUGUAACGGCCACAUCGGCCGAAGCAUCAUGCAAGACGAUUUGUAUAUUGGAUGCGCUUGAUGAAUGCCGGGAGGUUGAUCAGGGUCGAUUGAUUGGGAAGCUCGAUUUAUUUCAACGCCAGUCAUCAUCAUCAACACAAGAUGCCUGUUUGAAAUUCUUAGUCACUAGUCGCCCCUACGACCAUAUCCAGAAUCACUUCACAGCGAUAACAGACUCUUUCCCGCAUUUACAUCUAAAGGGAGAGGAAGAGAAUUCCCAAAUCCACAAGGAGAUCGAUAUUGUUGUGAAGAUAAGAGUUAAAGAGCUAGCCGAGACUGCACGACUGCCACAGGAUAUAACGCAGCGACUCGAGCAACAGCUUCUUCAAAUGGAACACCGCACUUAUUUAUGGCUAUAUCUAGCUAUAGACGAUAUUCGAUCUAUAUUCGAGAAUAGCCUUCGGCCUGCCAAUGAAUCAAUCCGAAUGAUACCCCCUUCAGUGAAUGAGGCAUACGAAAGGAUUCUUGGUCGGGUCCCUUCUAGUCAAUCGGAUACUGCGAGAAAGGUCUUUCAGAUCAUCAUUGCAGCACGGCGUCCUUUGACAACAGUGGAAAUGGCUAUGGCGCUGGGUAUAGCCGUCUCUCCACAAUCACGAACUACAGCGGAAGCUGGUCUUGAUUCAUCGCUGAUAGGCAAGAGACUCCGUCGUCUAUGUGGACUUUUUGUCUUUACCAAUAACUCCAAGAUCUACCUCAUUCAUCAGACUGCAAGAGAGUUUUUCCUUGGAAACGGAAGUUUGAACAAACUCAAUAUCGCAUACUCGUUCACCGUGAGCGACACUGAGGACCAAAUGGCUCAUAUCUGUAUGAGAUACCUAUCGAUGGAGGAUUUAAACGACGAUCAAGUUCAGACAAGCUCACACUAUCAAAGUUUUCUAGAAUACUCAGCAGUAUUUUGGCCCUAUCAUGUGAGACAUAUGGCUUCGUCUAUGAACCAGGAAGCGAACGACCUGCUGGCCCAGUUAUACAACACCACUACAAACCGAUUCUGGCUGUGGUUUCCGAUAUUUUGGAAGACAAUGAUGCCACAUACAAGCUUGCCUACCAUGAAUGCAGUCCAUCUCGCAGCCUUUAACGGGCAUGAGCAAGUGAUCCGCCGUCUGCUUACUAGAGAGGAUACCGAUAUAAAUGCAGCAGAUAGUGGGGGUUCAUGUCCGUUGAUGUGGGCCUCGUCGAUUGGACACGAGAAUGUUAUACGAGUCUUACUGGAGUAUGGAGCCGAUGUCAACGCUCAGGGUGGAGACUACGGAAACGCCCUCCAGGCUGCUUGUUCUGGAGGACAUAACAAGAUUGCGCAGAUACUGAUAGAGCGCGGAGCCGAUAUCAACUCUCAGGGUGGAGACUACGGAAACGCCCUCCAGGCUGCUUGUUCUGGAGGACAUAACAAGAUUGCGCAGAUACUGAUAGAGCGCGGAGCCGAUAUCAACUCUCAGGGUGGAGAAUACGGAAAUGCCCUCCAGGCUGCUUGUUUUGGAGGAUAUGACAAGAUCGUGCAGAUGCUACUCGAGCGAGGAGCCGAUAUCAACGCUCAGGGUGGUCACUACGGAAAUGUCCUCCAUGCUGCAUGUUCUGGAGGACAUGACAAGGUCGUGCAGAUGCUGCUCGAGCGAGGAGUCGAUGUUAACGGCCAGGGUAGAGAAUACGGAAACGCCCUCCAGGCUGCUUGUUCCCGAGGACACGAUAAUAUCAUCCAGAUGCUCUUAGAGCGCGGAGCCGAUGUCAACGCCCUAGGCGGAUACCACGGAAAUGGCCUACGGGCUGCUUGUUCCGAAGGACAUGGUAACAUUGUGCAAAUGCUGUUAGAGCACGGAGCUAGUGUUAACGCUCAGGGUGGACACUACGGAAAUGCCCUCCAGGCUGCUUGUUCUGGAGGACAUGACAAGAUUGCGCAGAUGCUAAUAGAGCACGGAGCCGAUGUUAACGCUCAGGGUGGAGACUACGGAAAUGCCCUCCAGGCUGCUUGUUCUGGAGGACAUGACAAGAUUGCGCAGAUGCUAAUAGAGCACGGAGCCGAUGUUAACGCUCAGGGUGGAGACUACGGAAAUGCCCUCCAGGCUGCUUGUUCUGGAGGACAUGACAAGAUUGCGCAGAUGCUGAUAGAGCGCGGAGCCGAUAUCAACUCUCAGGGUGGAGACUACGGAAAUGCCCUCCAGGCUGCUUGUUCUGGAGGAUAUGACAAGAUUGCGCAGAUACUAAUAGAGCACGGAGCCGAUGUUAACGCUCAGGGUGGAGACUACGGAAAUGCCCUCCAGGCUGCUUGUUCUGGAGGAUAUGACAAGAUUGCGCAGAUACUAAUAGAGCACGGAGCCGAUGUUAACGCUCACGGUGGAGACUACGGAAAUGCCCUGCAGGCUGCAUGUUCUGGGGGAUAUGACAAGAUCGUGCAGAUGCUGCUCGAGCGAGGAGUCGAUGUCAACGGCCAGGGUAGAGAGUAUGAAAGUAUUGGGAGCAUGCAUCAAGCUUCCAUUUUCGACCGGGGCUUCCGGAAUCAUGGAACAUAUUCAUCAACCAAGCCUACCUUCGAAUCAUCGACGAAUGUGAAGACAGCGCCAAAUUCGAUGAGUCAGGUUUUCGCAGACCUUAGUGAAAACUUAACUGGCGAAGUCUCAGAUGAGGAAAGCAUCUAUUCGGCCCGCACUGACGUAACGUCCGCCGACGAAUACAUUUCCGAAAUUUCAGAUGUUCUUUUGGAACAUUUGGAGGAGGAUUUGCCCGAUGUCUCUGCCCUGAACAGGGUUUCAGGUGCUUUAGAAGAGCUCUUAAGACUUUUUGCGAUGCAGCUCGAAUUUGAAAUCAAGUCACAAGUAGCUCGAGAUGCAAUGGUCUUUAUUCGUCAAUACCGCCAGUGA